CGCAGUCCGCGCUAAAACGGCGAUAUUCCUACGUCGGAAGCUUUUCCAGUCACGGGGGCGACUUUCCAAGGACGCUACGAGUGGAAAAUCGGUGCCGAAGACCGAGAUCAAACAUACGGGUUUUCAGUGAUUGUGCCCACAAGCCAGAGGUCAUGCGACGUACCAGGAGGCAUAAAUUCCUACAGAUAUCGGUGUUUUUCCUCAUCUAUUCAAUCAUACAUGUCCUGUCCGAACCAGAUAAGAAUGAACACCUAGAACAUACUUCACAAGGAUCGGAUAAAGUGCGAGAGAGAAAUCCACAACUAAACAUUCCCUCCACCAAGUUAGGUACAUCGUCAAGCACAACUACGACUACUUCUACUACGACCACGACCACCACUGAGCCAACAAAAACGUCCGUUUCUACAUCAACGACUAGCACUACUACAGAGAGACCCGAAAAAAAUGAGAAAACUAAUGAGACCAUCUCGUCAGAUAACACAACCAUGCCCAUAGUCUCCAAUGGUACCGAACCAUCGCAGAAAUGUACCACGCCUGCCAUAGAACAGUUUCCCAGGCCAUUAAUGAGAAAUUCCACGAGGAGACAUGGAGGCCUAAUUGUCCAUCUGAUCGUCGCGAUCUAUACGUUUUUUGGACUAGCCAUAGUUUGUGAUGAGUAUUUUGUUGCUUCUCUAGAUCGAAUAUGCGAAGAGCUCAAAAUGGCGCCAGAUGUGGCUGGUGCCACAUUUAUGGCCGCUGGUAGUUCAGCACCAGAACUAGCAACAGUUGUAAUCGGGGUUUUUCUUGCCAAAGACGAUAUAGGAAUAUCUGGAGUAAUUGGCUCUGCGGUGUUCAACAUCAUGUUCGUCAUUUCUGUGUGUGCACUUUGUUCGACUACAGUGGCGUACCUUAACUGGUGGCCAUUAGUGAGAGAUUGCUUUUUCUAUGCCGUGUCCAUAUUGGUACUCCUGGUUACCAUUUACGACAAAAGGAUAACAAGGGGUGAAUCCAUCGUUAUGUUAUUGAUGUACCUGGUGUACUGCGUUUUCCUCCACUUCAACACCCCCCUUGAGAAAUGGGCUCAAACUUGGCCAGUGCCGUGUAAAACGUACGCGCCGCAGGGUCACACCGAGCAAUCUGAUCUGGUUACCUAUAAGAACUUGGAAGAAAACGGAAAGCAUCAAACUUACGGGGGAAUAACCCCCGAACCCGCCACUGCUGCCGCCCCAGCUCCUGGACCAGUACCUGUCCCUCAGGAUUUCGACUUCAACAAAAUGUGGGAAGAUCCUUCAAGCUACGAAAACCAGUUCAACGCACAAGCUUUGAAUCAACCCCAACCUGUUGAAUCAACACCACCUGCUGCAGCAGCUCCCGUACAACUAGCUAUUCCUCAAACCCAAGCUCCAGUUCAACAGGAUUAUUACAGGCCCAAAGAAUACGACCCUUCAAAGGUUGUAGAUCCGCUUGUUAAGCCAGAAGAUCCAAGUCUCUACAUUCAAGCCAAAUGGUACCUGAUCUACCCUAUACAUUACCUAUGUCGUAAAACAAUGCCAGACUGUCGUUCUGAAAAGUAUAGAAAUUGGUAUCCCUUUACAUUCUUCGUGUCCAUGUUGUGGAUAUCCUUCUACUCAUAUUUCAUGGUUUGGAUGAUAACCAUAAUUGGUUUUACCUUGAACAUACCUGACACUGUCAUGGGUCUUACCUUUGUUGCUGCUGGAGUAUCAGUACCAGAUGCCUUAUCAAGUAUAGCUGUCAUCAAGGAAGGAUAUGGGGAUAUGGCAGUGUCAAACGCAGUAGGAUCAAACGUGUUCGACAUACUGGUGUGUUUAGGUUUGCCCUGGUUCUUGAAGACAGCCAUUGUCAGCCCAGGAAGCCAAGUGAAGGUCAUAAGUAAAGGAUUAACAUAUUCCACCAUUUCGCUGCUAUCCACUGUUGUUUUCCUACUUGUGACCACCCAUUUGAACGGAUGGAAAAUGGACAAAAAGUAUGGUAUCAUACUGAUGGUUUGGUACCUCAUAUUCAUAACGUUUGCUAGUUUGUAUGAAUUGAACGUAUUCGGCUAUAUGAACCCAAGGGAAUGCGCCAGCGAUUACUAAAGAGAAUUGUUAAUUCAUAGGCUGAAAUUUUACCUGAUUUUUUUUUUUCUGGAAACGCUGUAAAAUCUGAAGACGUAGCACAAUAAAUUGUCCGAAUGUUAGAGGAAAAACUGAGGUUCUCGAAAGAGAUGAAAGAAUGCAAAAGGAUCAAAUAUUAAUUUAUCGCAUAAGAAAUCA